AGUAACCUUGCACCCGCAGAAAGGUAGCCACACCAAAACACUUAACUAUAAAUGUAUUACCCUACAACGUUCCUCAACUGAACCCAAACCAGAAAUUGGAAAACAGAGAAGAAGAUGUCGAAUUGCCAAGGUUGCAGGAGGACAUACUGGUCAUACGAAUGUGGCAUCUGCAAAGACUGCUUCGUGAGGUCGGGAAAAACAGUUAACGAGCUGCAACGAGAGAUCGAAGAGCUUAAAGACAAAAUUGCCUUCUUACGGAUUCCUUCUCCACUUGAUCAUCACGAUCAGCCAUCUUACACCGACGUCGUUUUGCUGACUGCCUCCGACGACGGAACUCCUGAGUCCUCCGUUCCUGUCCCGGCUCACAAGGCCGUUUUGGUGAAUCGUUCGCCAAUGUUGAAAGCCAAGCUAGAGAAUGAGAUGGAAGAAAAGCAGACUGCAAGCAUAGAGAUCAGUGACGUAUCACAUGAUGUUCUCUGUGAAUUUAUCAACUAUCUGUACACUGCUGAAAUAUGCCUUGAUGAGAAACUGGCCUGUGAACUUCUAGAAUUAGCUGAAAAUUAUGAGGUUAAGCAUCUUAAAGCCUACUGUGAGGAGUUCCUGGUGUCCAAAUUGAACUGGGAAAAUUCAAUCACGAGAUACGUAUUUGCACACCGACACAAUGCAAAACGUCUCCUUCUUGCAGCGGUAUCAUUGAUCACAAACAAUAUGAGCAGCUUCAUUGAAAGGGAUGAGUAUAUGAAGCUUGUUAAAAAGGAGCCUGGCCUGCUUGUGGAAAUCUACGAAGCUUACCUCUACAAACAGAUCAAUCCUGUUCCCGGGAAAUCUCCAUAGCCUGCCCCCUUUGGCUAGUCUGGCUUUCUUGUGUGAUGAUCUGAAGAAAGAGAUAUUCUUGCUCUCAGAUGGGGUUUGAGUUAUUUGUCAGUUAACAUUACAUUUGAUGGGAAUUUUAUUAAAGAAGAAAUGCCAAAAA